GGGACAAGGCCACUAUAGGGACUGAAUUGGAGCCUGACUGCUGUGUCAGAUGGAGGAUGAUAUCUAAACACAUACAUCUCCAGGAAAGGAUAGAGGGCUCAUCUAGGUAAUUUUGGAAUACAAGCCCGAACAGGGACAGUAACAGAUUUGGUCAUUUAUGGGAGAUGGACCUUCAACCCAUCACAGUAACCAAUUAGGAGCAAGCACGCUCUGCCCGAGGGACUUUAAGAAGGGUCUCACGAGUAGAGACAAGGGGGGUGGCACUUGGUAAAAUUCCUAAGAGCGAAGGCGUAGGAGUUCUGAUAGGGCAAGGAAGGCAGAAACGUUUGGCAUUAUUCUGCCCGAGAUUGGAGAACAUCAGAUGUGGGGCCACACUCUGGUCGGAUGCUAGGCUCAAGUCUGUUUUAAUAAAGAUUGCUCUAUCAUUCCACCCAGCCUUGCCUCCGCAGAAUUUUUUAUCAACAUACUACACGCCGACACCUUUGAGGAAAACAGCCCAGAAACUACACAUCAUUGUACUGAACUUAAACCACUAACAUGCAUGUUAGCAAUGGAAUGUCUGGCUGCUCUUCUCGUUCAUACAAAUAUAACAAACUGCUUGUAGAACAACAACCCGAGCGAAUAUCUGGCCAUUAGUCAAUAUUCGCUGCUUUUCUUAUUUUAUUUUGAAAGCACAGAUGCCUCACUUCCGGGACGUUCCUGACUCACAGCGUCCAUCUUGACGCAGCUCGCCGAGACGCUGUAGGACGACCGGAUAACGGAUCCGAGAAGGGGGACAGGAGCAGAACGCGUCAGUCUGACAGACACAGACGGGUGCUAUUGUAUAACACGGCCUUCUCCAGUCUUUCACACCGCAGGCUGCUGCCGGGACGAGCGGCUCCUUCCUUUGUGUCUCCAUCUUCCUGCUGCUGCUCUCACCGCAGAGGUGGAGGCGAGCGGAGCGGCGGCUCGGUGCGGAGGACCUGCACAUGUCGGCGGUGAAGGACCGUUUGUUUCCCCGCCCUGAUACGGCUUGAGGACGGCGGGAGGAGGACGGUGCGAGGAGAGGAGGAGGUUCAAACAGCGAGCAGGAGAAACACCAUCCACCAGUGAGACACAUCUUCAGAGCAGGUGCAGACGCGUGAUCCGGUAAACACGAGCCCGGAGGACGAGAGGGAUGCGGCAGCCGAGGUGGGCCCAGAUUGAUGAUUUCAUGAUAUCAUCAUCCGCCGCCAGGACCGAUCACUGAUCUGAUUGAUACGGAGCACCGUCGAGGAGAACACGCUGCAGACUGACCUGGGGUCUGUGAGAACAGGAGCUGAUCGAUGACUGAUCACAUUGAUUAGUCCACAAGAGCUGAUCUAGGCCCGUGACUUAGUGUGCGCGUGCGCGCGUGUGUGACGCCAGCAGCAGCAGAGAGGUGUGUUUGCCUAUGCGCGUGUGUGUGAGGAGACGCGCCUGUCUGAGCAUCAUCUGGUAGCUGUGCAGGCUACACCUCCACCUCCUCCUCCACCUCCUGCACCUCCUCCUGCACCUCCUCCACCUCCUGCACGGGGAUGAUACACAACAGAUUCUUCAUCUGCGCGUGAGACACGGAAGCGUCAGGAUGCUGCUGCUGCCAUUUCCUGCCCGGCUCUGAUAGAGACUGCGAGGCGCACAGCACAAGGCCGGACAUCAGAGAGUCUCUCCUCACAUCUCCUGCCUCUGCACCUUCUCUUCCCCUCUUCAUCUCCCCCUCCCCUCCUCCUCCUCCUCCUCCACCCCAGAGCGCCUAUUCAUUCUGAUCAAUUGAUAAUCCAUCUGUGAUUCAGAAAAGCCACCCACCCACUCCUCCAUCCCUCCCUCCUCUCCUCCAUCCCUCCCUCCUCUCCUCCAUUCACCCCAGCAUCCUCGCACUCACCACCCUGCCAUCCACAGCCAUCAUGGAGACGACCAAGCUGCCUCCGUCCAGCCCGUCCUCUCCGACCACCAGCUUCUCGGUUCCGUCCGCGGAGAAGGUGGACGGCUUCCCGCGGAGGUCGAUGCGCAGAGCCCGGCAGAGGAGGUCCCACAGCUCGUCCCAGUUCCGGUACCAGAGCUCCCAGGUGGAGCUCACCCCGCUGCCCCUGCUCAAAGACGCCCCGGUGGCAGAGUUACACGACUUGUUCUGUAAGAAGCUGCAGCAGUGCUGCGUGCUGUUCGACUUCCUGGACUGCGUCGCCGACCUGAAGGGGAAGGAGAUCAAACGUGCAGCGCUCAAUGAGCUGGUGGAAAGCGUGGCCACCAGCAGAGGAGUCCUCAUAGAGCCGCUGUACCCAGAGGCCAUAAAGAUGAUCUCUGUAAAUAUCUUCAGGACACUCCCGCCCAGUGAGAAUCCAGAGUUUGACCCUGAGGAAGACGAGCCGACACUCGAAGCCUCCUGGCCGCAUCUGCAGCUGGUGUACGAGUUCUUUCUCCGUUUCCUGGAGAGCCCGGACUUCCAGCCCUCCAUGGCUAAACGCUACGUGGACCAGAAGUUUGUCCUGCAGCUCCUGGAGCUGUUCGACAGCGAGGACCCCAGGGAGAGGGAGUACCUAAAGACCAUCCUGCACCGUGUCUAUGGAAAACUACUGGGCCUCAGAGCCUACAUCCGCAAACAGAUCAACAACAUCUUCCUCAGGUUCAUCUAUGAAACUGAGCACUUCAACGGAGUCGCGGAGCUUCUGGAAAUCCUCGGCAGCAUCAUCAACGGCUUCGCUCUGCCCCUGAAGGCUGAACACAAGCAGUUCCUGGUCCGGGUUCUCAUCCCACUCCACACGGCGAAGUCCCUCUCUAUCUUCCACGCACAGCUGGCCUACUGUGUGGUGCAGUUUAUGGAGAAAGAUGCUACAGUGACUGAAUAUAUCAUCAGAGGGCUGCUCAAGUACUGGCCCAAAACCUGCACGCAGAAAGAGGUGAUGUUCCUGGGAGAGAUCGAGGAGAUCCUGGAUGUAAUCGAGCCAUCUCAGUUCAUCCGAGUGCAGGAGCCGCUCUUCAAACAGAUCGCAGCCUGCAUCUCCAGCCCUCACUUCCAGGUAGCUGAGCGAGCUCUUUACUUCUGGAACAACGAGUACAUCCUCAGUCUGAUCGAGGAGAACUGUCAAGUCAUCCUGCCGCUGGUGUUCGCCACCCUGUACAGAGUCUCCAAGGAGCACUGGAACCAGACCAUCGUGUCUCUGAUCUACAACGUGCUGAAGACCUUCAUGGAGAUGAACAGCAAGUUGUUUGAUGACCUCACUGCCUCCUACAAAGUGGAGAAACAGAAGGAGAUGAAGCGAGAGAGGGAGCGCACAGAGCUCUGGCGAGGCCUGGAGGAGCACCAGGAGCGCCGGAUGCAGAUGCUCACUGAGGCCGCCAGGAACCAGCGCAACCUCCAGGAGCGAGGCGAGAGAGGGGACCCGCCCACCCCUUCGUCCCCACAGACGGCUCACUCCGACCAGCCCGAGCCCAAGCCCAGCGGGGCCUCUUCUUCCUCCUCUGGAGGAGGAGAGAGCGCCACCUAGGUGCUGCUCCACACAUGUUGCUAACGCGGGGGGGUUGGGGGACAGGAGAAGACUCGAGGGUGAUGGUGAGAGUGUUGGGAGAGCUCAGACAGAAAAGGUACCAAACAAACCAACUGUGGUUUUUAUCUUGCAUCAUGGAGGGAGUGGCUUUUUGUGAAAAGCCUUCGAUCUCAGUGAUCCCAGGUAAAGACCGUACCUUUCUACUGACAGAGUUGUGUGAAACUGGUUCACCUUUGGCUGUACACACAUCAUGAUGCAGAUCAGAAGAUGAAUACUGUCCAAAAGUGCUGACUGUCAUUUUAAUCCACGGCUGGUUUAUUAAACUGCAGGUCAGUACCUAAAACUGUGGUUGGCCUGCUUUAAAUCAGCCUCAAAAUAAGAGAUGAAAAGUCUCUUUUGGUGCAACACUAACCGAGUCCAACACGCGUCUCACCUGUCCUGAUAUUUAUCCAACCAGAGUUGGAGUCUGUACAUGGCCUCCUAUUUAUCUUUUGGUCAGAGAUGCUUAUUUCAUGCGUGGAUAGCACAAUGCAUUCAGAAACAAAAGAAGCAAUUUCACACAAAUGUCCCAAAACUAUUGCCGCACAGACCAGACACACGCACACACACAAACACACACGCACACGCACACACACACACACAAACACACACGCACACACACACACACACACACACACACACACAGACGCAGGUACAUAUUUACUGUAAAUAUGAGAAGACAGUUAGAAAAGGAAAGUGUAUCCAGCCCCACACAAACACCAACAAUCGAUUGAUGCACCGAGAUAAUUCAGUUUCUUUCUGUCACACACAUGCACCCACGCACACACAUACACACACACACACACACACACACACACACACACACACACACACACACACACACAGGUUCUGGUUCUGGUGCUAACCCCUCUCCCAUUCUGUUGGGUUCCACCAAAGUACGAGCCUAAAGUCCCUUAAAGGUGAAACAACCACUGAUGAAGAUGAUGAUAAUGAUAUAAAGUACAAUACUGUUCCUUCUUCUUACUUGUUACUCUACUACUACUACUCUACUCUACUCUAAGUACUACUGAUGAUGAUGAUGAUGAUGAUGUUUUUAUAUAUAUACAUAUGUCUCUGGAUAUUUCUGUAGUGUAUUAUGGGAGAAACACUAGUGUAGCAGAUACCAUGAAGGGGAAAGCCAGCUCCAGUUCUGUACUCACACCACAUGUCAACAGUCCGAGGCCAUAAUGUGAGCAGAACCUCAGCGGCGUUCCCCUUCAGCAGACCUUAGAGAGGUUAAAGAGGGAUGAACUGGAUCAGCGCCGGCUGUUUUUCUUUUCUUUUGAACGUUCGGCUGUUUGUGAUGCGGGGUGGAUCUCACAGAAUCCCCCAAACAUUCCACGUUUAAAGCCCGUCUGUGUGUGUGUUGGGAGGUGCAGCUGCAGGUGGAGGUACAGGUGCCCUGUGGAGGAACCAGGUGUGUUUACAUGCAGUCACUCAGCAGAAUCACCUGAGUGUCCUGGAGGCCGGACUGAUGUCUGAGUGCAUCUCUGUCCUCAUUAAAUAAUUUCACAGCCAGUUGAAAAAACAUAAACUAGUUUACAUCCAUGUUUACUCUUAUUCUUCUUCUACCCUGCCUUUGUUGGCAUAUUGUUACAUUUGUUUGCACAUCACUGCCACCAGCAGGUGACCAGUGGAACAGCAUGCAGCCUCAUGUGUUACACAAACACAGUGAGGAUUUAAAUAUUAUAUAUAAUUAUAAUUAUAAUAAUUAUAAUAUCGCUCUAUAGAGAAACUCCACAGGGUGCGUUUCAUUUACAUGUUACAGCACACAAUGAUUAUUAUUUAAAGUUUUAAAACUUUACUCUAAAUUUAAAAUUUAAAGUCUUAACUCCACCCGACACUGAGGUCACUGGAGGAUAAAAAAAAAGCGCACCACAAGCGUUUCAGAGCAAAAGAAAAACCCGGUGAUCCAGUCGGAUUCUGAACCCGGAGCGUCUGUUCCUCGAGGCUCGGCAGACCCGACGCGGCUCAGACGGCGACCGUGACGAUGAUAGCGUGUUUAUUCUUGUCUGAUCAUGACGAUUGAUGAGCGAUGGGAUGGAGAGGGGGAAAAAACAGAAAAAAAUUAUUUUAGCAAUAUUUUCAUUCUUUCAGGAUAAUCUGUGUGUUUUAGGGGAUUAAACAGGAAGUGGGUGUCGCACUCAGAUGUUUACCCCCCACUCUUGUUUUUACUCCUGUCGUGUCCUCGAUAUUCACAUUGUCUUAACGGUACUUUUCUGUGUACAUUGAUUUGAUGAAAAUUUUCUGCUUUGUAAUUAUGUUUUUUUUUUUUCUUGGUUUUUGUACGAUAUUGUUCAUUUUGUGGAAAACUGAUACUGAUGCUAUUUAUUUUCUAUUUGAUCAGGAAAUGUAACCUUAGGUGAGGACAAGGGUCAGGUUGUGUGUGUGUGUGUGUGUGUGCACGCGGGUGUGUGUGUGUGUGUGAGUCCAGGUGUGAGUCGGUGAGCGGGAGAUGAGCGCAGACAGAGCGAUGGAGGUCGAGAGGACGCUGCUCUCUCUUUGUUUCUCUCUCUCUCCUUCCUGAGCGUCAGGGUUUGAAUCCGAAUGUAUCGCCAAACAAAUUGAUUGAUUGUUUUUUUGAUGCUUGAGACGCAGAGCGACCUGUCGGCUGCUUCCUAACCAAACACUCAGAAACCCUUCAGACCAGCAGUUCUCCAGAAUCAUGCCUGAGUCAACACUGUUUGAAAUCCAUUGGACCUGCAGCUCUCAGAUUGGCCCUCAGAGCUUCAUCUCACAGCGCGUCAGACGUCCAGGUUUUAACGGUCGACCUGUUUGGACCUGCAGUCCUGCAGAAUCAGCCAGCGCCUCGUUGUUGUUUCCAGUUUACUUUUCUCCAAAUGUUUGAAACAUUAACAUCCAACACGUUUGUCACUCAGAGCAAAAACCAUCAGCCUGAAAGAGCUGCCAUACAACAUUAGGUUUACAAUUAGAGCUUACAUCUCACGUCUCCAUCGGUGACGUGGUUACAGGUGUUUGAAAUCUACCUUCACACCUGAGCCGUCUCCAUGACAACUGAUCAGACUCUCAGUCUGAGACGAGAUUAGAAGCGUUCAGAUCGUUAGUGAUUCCCAACCUUUAGUCCAAACUGCGAGCAGUAAAGCCAAAGAGUGUUUUUCCUCCUCCAUGAUCUGAUUGUAGGGACGCAAUUACAAAUGAGCAAACAAACAAAAGAAUCAGACAAGUAAAAACCUUUUGUGUGAAAGAAAAGACGUUAUAUUUUCUUUUCUUUGUCCUUUUAAUCACCUCGUGACCGUCCGGUCUGUGUGAGGACCCGUCAGGGGCCUCGACCCCGAGGUUGAGAACCCCGAAAUGUACCCCUCUCGUCUACGUGUCAUGGUGCUUUUCUGUUUUUCAAGACGAUUUUUUUCUUGUCUUGAUUCCUCUGCAGUGUAGAAGUGGUGUGCACACAUUUACAUGGCAGCACUCCAUCGCCGCCUCAGGACGCACUGUAGCUUGACACUACCUGCACCUGCAGACACCACCCGGCUCUCUGCCCUGGUGUGAUUCCAAAUGUUUUGAUUCAGGCAAAAAGAAAAAUCCCAAAAAACACCUGAAAAGAGACAAAACUUGACCUCACUGUCAUGAAACUUAGCUUACGUUAUGAUUUUGUUUUGGCUAGCUUACUCACAAACCCUCUUGAUUGUUAUCGUCAGUUGGUCCGCUUACUCGGGGAAAAUAGAACCUCAGCGCCCACUGUCCUUGAUUCUCAACUAAAACGAUAAAGAGUAAUAUUCUGCUUUCUCGAGCUGCUCCAGGACAGGAAGUGAGAGGAGAGCGUGUUGGUAGAGAGCUCCGACUCGCCUCACAGCCACCAGGCGCUGCUUUCAUUCGCCGCCACAGUUCCUCUGCGUGUCACGUGGCCCGAGUGGAACAAAGGCUCUAAACCCGAGGAGGUGUGAACGGACCGGAUGAGAGCAGCCGGUGAGGAGAAAGAAAAGUCAGAGGAGGAGAAAAGACAUAGAGUUAGACACGAUAGAAUGGCAAUAAGUCAGAGCAACAGUAACAGAAUGAGAAUAUAAUGUUACCGAAACCUACAACCGCAUUACGUAGCAAUUUCACUGAAUUUCUAGAUUUGCACUGUCUGCCCAAUGGUCUGUGUUUGUUGUGUUGAAGAAAAACCUUAGAGAAGAAGAUUAAGAAGAUGCAGAUGGUGAAACAGAUGUAUAUUUUGGGGACCAACACAGCGGUGGGGGGUUUGAAUGUAGAGAGGCUUACUGCUGUACGUAACGUUGCAGGGGGUGUAGAAUGGAGAAAAAACUAUGUGCUAAAAAUGAAACUUCACUUUGAGAAAACA